AUGGAGGAAAUCCCAGAUGAUUGUGAUUCCAUCUAUUGCGGUGGGUGCAGAACUCGAGUUGCAUUCAUCGAGGAUCUCUAUUUUACUAUGUGGGAAGUAGGGGUCUUUGAUAGGGUGUUUAAUGUUGAAGUAUCAAUCGACAUGAAUUAUCAUCACCGACAAGAUGCAAAUACCGUAGCCAAUACUUACUGUGUCCAAUGUGGAAGGAUGCUCGGGUGGAAAUAUAUUCAAGUCAUCCAACAGAGCUUGUAUGUUAUGGAAGGAACAUUCCAUUUGAGAUUUGACAUGCUUAAUUUUGAAGAGCAAAAUGUUGAUCAAGAUGUAGGCAGUAAUCAAGAGGUUCCUAUUGAACAAGAAUAUCAAGAUGGAGACGGCGAUCAACAGGUUCCUCAUGAACAAGAUUUAAGCACCAAUGAGCAAAACGUUGAUCAAGAUAGAGGCGGUGAUCAACAGGUUCCUACUGAACAAGAUUUAGGCACUAAUGAGCAAACUGCUGAUCAAGAUGGAGGCGACGAUCCACAGGUUCCUAAUGAACAAGAUUAUCAAGAUAGAGGCGGUGCUCAACAGGUUCCUAUUGAGCAAGAUUUAGGUGCUGAUGAGCAAAGUGUUGAUCAAGAUGGAGGCGGUGAUCAAGAGGUUCCUACUGAACAAGAUUUAGAUGAUAAUGAGCAAAAUGAUGAUCAAGAUGGAGGUGGUGAUCAAGAGGUUCCUAAUGAACAAGAUUUAGAUGAUAAUGAGCAAAAUGAUGAUCAAGAUGGAGACAGUGAUGAACAGAAUCAUGAUCCAGAUGGAAGGGAUAUUCGACAGGCUCCUAAUGAACACGAUUUAGGUGCUAAUGAGCAAAAUGUUGAUCAAGAUGGAGGCGGUAAUGAACAGGGUCCUAAUGAUCAAGAUGGAGGCGGUAAUGAACAGGGUCCUAAUGAUCAAGAUGGAGGCCCGCCAAUGAAACAAAGGAAGAAAUAGAUCAAGUGGCUGAUGGAAUAGAUGAUAAUACAGAUGCUGAUUUUCUGCAUAUACAAAAUGCUAUAAUUCAUAAUUGUGCAAUGUUCUGUUUUAAGAUUACAUUUACAUAUGGCAUUACUUCAGGUUGGACUA